CAGGGUGUUGGCAACAGAGAGGGUGGUCGAAGAAGUUGGCAAAGGCAAUGGCGACAGUGUGGUUCCAAGACAAUCUGUGGUUCCCAAAAAUAUUGUUGCUACUCAUUGUAAAUACAGUAAAAUAAAUUGGGGCAAUUCUUUAAAUAUUUUGGGCAGCUCCAUCAAAUGGAGAUAUUGUGGACAACUCCAUCAAAUACUUUGCCAACAGUCCGAAUUCACAACUCAAAACGCAGUUUUGAACGAACGCAGGGAAGAAGAAGAGAGUGACUCUCUCGUGCAUCACGGAGAAGAACACAAGAAGAACCGUAAUUGAAGCAUUUUCAUCUCAGAUGGCAUCAGCAGCAGAGAAGUAUGCUUCAUUUCAGGAGAAAGUGACUAGAACAGUGUUCCUUGACAACCUUUCACCCCAAGUCUCUGAAUCUGUCUUGAGAAGUGCUAUUGAGCAGUUUGCAACAGUAAAAAGUGUCAAGUUCAUUCCCAACUACCUUGGACCAAGAAAUCUGCCGCAGUGUGCAUUAGUAGAGUUGGAUUCCUCCAAGAAGGUCAAGGAGGUUAUCACCAUGAUAGGGCAGUACCCGUUCAUGAUUUGUGGAAUGCCACGGCCGGUAAGGGCUCGUCUUGCUGAGGCAGAAAUGUUUGAUGAUCGGCCUCAAAAUCCUGAAAGAAGGAUAAGGAUUCGCUGGUUGGAUCCAAAUCACCCGGAUUUUGAGGUGGCAAAGGAAUUGAAGCAUCUUACGCGCCAACAUGCUGCAGAACAUGCAUAUGCACAAAAACUGCAACUACUUCUUGAAGAAAACCUUGCCGAGCAACAGGGAGAAACACUUGAAAUGCAUUACAAAAAGUAUAAAUUACUUGACAGCGUUGUAUCUGAUGGAACUGCCAAGCGUCUGAAAGAAUGGUAUAAUCUCCGUGGUGCAGUUGAAUGAAGGCUUCUGUUAGGUUUAACAUUUCAUGUACAGGCUUCAAUGCUGCUAAUUCUACCAAAGAAAACAAUUUGUAAAUAUGAUGCUUCCUUAAGAUGCUUUUUUAGUUUUUCAUUUUGAUUGUGGUCCAAAUUACAUUUUGAUAGAAAGUUAUCUUGUGAACUUUCAAAUUAGACGGGUUAAAGUACAACAUAGUGUU